ACCGCGCACAGGCCGGUUCUAUACAGCUACACCGCAGUGAGCUCAUUGGGGUGUAGUUUUUCCCCUGUCAUUCCCAGCUGACGUUAUCAGGUUGCCGGACCAGCUGUGAACGAACGUAAGUGAAUCAAUAAACUUUAAACAAAUCUUUUAGAAUGCCUACAUAUCUGGACGGGAUCGAAAUACUGGCAUUAGGCCGCCAGUUCAACAUAGGAACACUUUACAAUUAUGUCGAUGAUAGCAUCAUACCUAGUCCUCAAUUAUGGUGUAAACAUGAUGUGUCCAAUUCAGCCGUUGAGGAACCAAAAAAAAAUGCUGAAGUUUUUUUAAAGACGAUUGUGCAAACCGAUGAGGAAGGCGAGAAUCCUGAUGAAGGAGAAGACCAAAUACCCUUCCUGUCCAAUAUAGGAAUGGACGAUCACACGGCCAUGAGUUUAAUGGCCGGGCUGUUGGGUCCACCUCUAAAAGGAGCUUGGCAAUAUGCGGCUGAUUGGGUCGAAUCGACGAACGAAUCAUUUAGUCAAGGAGCUCAUGUGGCAGUCCAUUGCUGCCGUUCCGAAAAAAACAUCUCUAUCGAUCCUGAGAGUCAAUUGGACAUUGUCUGCCUGCCAAAAAAGCUAAUGGAAACUCCGGCAACUCAUGUCGUCAUUGGAAUCACGUACGGCCUAGAGGCCUUUUGCAUCUUCUCGAAGGACAAUCAAGCCAACACUUACGCACGUAUCUUUAAAGAACGGCUAGUGAACGAAGACGAAAAUUUGGAACACGAUCAGGACGAAGAAGGUGACGAAGAGGAUGGUGGACAUUGCUCUAUCCCAAAAGAUUUGCAAUGCACUCUCUACAGCGAUUUAGUGGAUUUUAAAGGUAGUAAAAGUUGGACACUGAAGCCUGUCGCAGAGCAGUACGAAGCCUGCCGGAAGAUACUGGAACAUGGAACUCAAAAGACCAUCCCGAUGAAGGUAUGGUUGUAUCCACUCAACAAGCUGAUGGCUGCCAAGGAACUAGUUGCUCAAAUGCCCCAAAAUAUUAAAGAUGUCUCGCGUGAACUGCUAUUUCGUUUCCAAGUCAUAUUGAGCCAUUUGCAUGGAAUCUGUUUCGAGGCUCAACUGUUGGCUAAAGAAUUGGAUGGGCUAGAAAGUCAGCAAUCCAUUCCAUCGACAGCCAACGAAAGAAUCAAGCACUUUAAAGAUUUGGUCAUGCAAUUUUUGCCAACUUUCAUCAAACCACUGACAUUGUGGACUGUAAAAAUUCGUCAGGGAGAGGUUGGAGAAAAGAAAAUAGCCGAAAUCAUCAAUGCGGUAGAGACACAGUCGCCAUUCGUUGCUAAUAAGGUGAAACACUGGAUCAAUCUACAGAGGCAGGAAUUGAAAACUCUAAAGAGUCUGGAUAAAUUGCCUGGUGUGCUUGUAGUAUCAAGCAAGGAACGCCUCCAAAACGAAAUCAAAAAUGGAGGCAAUGGAUCGUAUGCUGUUGUUCUUCAUCUGCCCAGUCCCAGAGAAGAAUUAAACUCUUUAGUUAAUGAGAUACGUCGUUAUAUCGACGACUUUAACGGAGCUGCAUCAUCUGGCUUGAUGAACUUGUCAACGAAAAAUAGCGAUCAAACAACAAAGUCAACGUCCUCCGUAUACCGUCAAAUUUACGCGUCAGGCCAAGAAUUUUCCAAUUGGAUUAAGAAUCACAAUUCGGAUACCAAGAACGUCCGCUACAUCAUCUUUUACGACGAAUGCACAGGACAAACCUCGCCCUUCACAAGACUAUAUCAGUGGGGUAAGGCAGAGGCUCUUUAUACAAUCCCAAAGGCUCCUGGGCAAGUGACGGUCACAAAGAAUCAUCGUGGUGUGAUUGGAUUGAGUUGGACGACUAAUGAUACGACCGGAUUGCGCCAUUUUCUGGUUCAAUAUCGCACAGUGGAUGGACAAGAAGAUCAUUGGCCUUCCGAUUGUAAGUCUUCGAACAAUCGAAUCGAAAUAGAUUCCCUUCAAUCAGGUGAGACUUACCUGUUCAGAGUGGCAGUGGACACACUCGGAGGGCGGAGCCCGUUCAGCCCUGUCAGCUGCGAAGUAACAAUAGACCCAGUUUGUCCGCCGCCAACUCAAUUGCAAGUUCACGAAGUGACCGAUACGAGUAUAUCUAUUUCGUGGAGCCAUCAACCUUACUUGAAAACCGGAGCUGAAGAGGAACUGAGGAUUACCUCGUUCACUAUUGAAUGCCAGAUGGGUGAGAGCCAUGACGAAUCGACGUUCAUCCAACGAUCUACGGUGAAGAAGAGCAUCGUACUAGAACCGCUUGAUCCAGGUGUGACUUACCGCAUCAAAGUCAAGGUUGAGUGCAAAAAUGCUAGUGGCUCUACUUUCUACAGCCCGGCGUUAAAGAUUUUGCCAAUUUGUACAUUGCAAGAGGCAGAGCGAACAGCGAUCAUCGUCCGCCGUACUAGUAAGAAAUGUUCGGCUGGCCCUGGAAUUGACGUUUACCAAUUGCCGUUGAAAAAACGUCACAAUGACAAAAUUCAGGGAGUCGGUCAUUACGUUUUUGGUGAACCGAGUUGUCUGGCAUUGGCAGGUAAACAUAGAAAAAGAACCAUCUUGGUCCUUGGUGCCACCGGUGCAGGUAAAAGCACGCUCAUCAACGCCAUGGCGAACUACGUACUGGGAGUCCAAUGGGAAGAUGAUUUCCGCUUCAAGUUGAUCAACGAACCAGCCGACAAAUCGCAGGUGCAUAGUCAGACGGCCUCAGUGACCACCUAUGAUUUUUACGAGAUGAUAGGCUCUCGUUUGGGUUACUCGUUGACCAUCGUCGAUACUCCGGGAUUCGGAGAUACGCGCGGACUUGAAAAAGACAAGAAAAUUAUGCAGCAAUUGAAAGAUUAUUUCCAAAGUCGUCACGGGAUUCAGCAAUUAGAGGCCGUUUGUUUUGUUAUCCAAUCUUCACUCGCCAGACUGACGCCUACCCAGCAAUACAUCUUUGACCAGAUUUUAUCCAUCUUCGGUGAAAACGUAAAAAAUAGCAUCCGCAUCAUGGUGACAUUUGCUGAUAAUGCUUUGCCGCCCGUCCUCGACGCUAUCAAGGGUGCCGGUAUUCCCUCACCCACCGACCCAACUACCGGACGGCCACUUCAUCAUAAAUUUAACAACUCCAUUUUCUUUGAGUCUAAGAAAAACAAUCGUGAAGAAAAUGAAUUCAACCGGAAUUAUUUCGAGAUGGCCGUUAGAGGUUUUGACAAAUUCUUUGACGAUUUGAGGAACAUGGAUGCGAUAUCGUUGACGCUAACCCGCGAAGUGCUCGAAGAACGAAAGCGCCUAGAAGCUCUUUUCGAAGGCCUUCAACUUCGUACUCAAAUCAAAUUGGCAAAAAUCGACGAGUUCGAGCAAAUCAAGAAAGUGCUGACAGAGAAUCGGCAACAAAUGGACAUAAACAAGAAUUUUGAAUUCGAAGUCGAGUUCCUCGUCCCCAAAACGACGGACAUUAGCGGGACGGGCCAGUUUACGACCAACUGUCAAAAAUGUCAAGCAACGUGUCAUUUUCCUUGCUCGAAAGCCAGUGACAGCGAUAAACAUCGUUGUUCCGUCAUGGACUCAAAUGGAUUCUGCAUAAUCUGCAAGUGCCCGUGGAAUGUUCAUUUCAAUCAAAAGUACAGGCACGAAAUGGUGAAGGAGAAAGUGCAGCGUUCAUCGGAUGCCAUCCGGAAGCAAUAUCAAGGGGCCCGGACGGCAGCGCUGACUAAUCAACAACUCUUUGCCCAACUUCAAGCAGAGAUUGACCAAAAUGAAAAGCUGCUGAUUGGAUUAGUGCGUGAAACCUCUCCUCGCAUACAGAGAUUGAACGAGAUCGCUCUGAAGCCUCAUCCGCUCUCCACAUCGGCUUAUAUUGACCUGAUGAUUGAAACCGAGAAACGAGAGCAUCGCGAUGGAUACCAGCAGAGGAUCACGACGUUGCAAAGACUUCGCCAAGUAGACGAGAUGAUGACCAAACAGGUAAACGACCAUUAAAAUCCUAAAACUCAGCCUUCGACAUCGCAGUCCAUGCAAAAUGACCGUCGGGCCUUUCUUGCGUUUCUUCAAAAGUUUUAGGCGUUAAUAAUAUGACUAAAAGUUACGAAGAACCAGUACGAUGCUAUCUGAUUUUGGUACUGUCUGAUUCAAUGCUUGUUUAAGUUCAACACUAAAAAAAUGAUUUUUCAUUUCCCAAAUACAUAACCUUGUACGUUUCACUUCCCUCUUCCAAUGAUAUCGAGCUCUCCUUGUUGUAUUGUUUAUUCAAAUUUAUGCCAGGUUUGGUUAUCAACGACGUUCGCAAUCCUUUCAUUGUCCCUUAUUUUUACAUGUCAUUUGACCACCAGUGGCUAGAAGCGAACGAUUGAGAAUACAUCCUGCUCCAAUAAAUAAUGCCAUAUAUAGAAAUCUACGCAAUAUUUUCACACGUACACAUCAGCGAAAAAAGUCUGUGAAUCAUUGGGUUGCCUGAUUCGCAAGCCCAUUUCCAAGUUCUCUCCAGCAGUUCUCUUUCACCAUCUUAAGAAGCGCGCUGGAGAUGUCACCUUCGACUACCGGCUUCAUACCACUAACCUAUCACGGAUGAAAAACCAUAAUUUUAACUUAUGUUCACGGUUUCCCUUCACAGCUAAUUUGACUGACCGGGUAUCCGGAUGCAAGCAUAGCAGCCAGAACGGCGUGUGAAUAAGAUUCCAGCAUCUCUUCUGAUGUACAGUCAUGUCGAUAAAUUAUGUAGAUAGUUUUACUGACAGAAUCAGGAAUCAAUGCAUAAUUUCGGUCAGAAUAAACAGCUAACUGAUUCUCCAAA